GGGAUACCCGAGCUUCAAUAUUUUACGUUUAACAGUGAAGAGAGGUGCUUCGAAAUGGCUGUUACACAAUAUUGUUUGUUUUUGAUUGCUUUCUGCGGGGCCGCUUUAGCCUUUUCAGCCCAAUAUGUCCCAAAAUCGGUCUAUUUGAUCGAUGAGAACGGACAGCAAUCAGAUGUGGUGUUGAUUAGAGAUAGAAGGGAGAUUCCUUUCCUGAGGGUGCGCAGAGGGGGAGGAAGCAGUGCCCACGCUUCAGCGGAUUCUAGCGCUUCAGCAGGUGCUGGUGGUGGUGGUGGGGGAGCGCCCAUCAAUUUUGACGAUUUCAUUCCUAACAUAGGUAAUCUCGCCGAUUUGGCGAGAAACAUUCCCACAGGAGGAGGAGGAGGCAGUGGUGCCGGAGCCAGUUCCUUUGCCAGUGCCAGUUCCAGCAGCUCGGCUGGGGGCGGAAGUGGAGGAGGUUAUGGAAACACCGGAUAUGCAGGAGGUCUAGGAGCAGGACAUCCAGCAGGCUACGAUGGACCGAUUCUGUUCUCGCGCGUGGGUGAGACCGAAGGUAGUGGAGGUCACGUAUCAUCUGCUGCCUUAGGAAGCAGAGGUGCUUUCAGCUCUUCCAGCAUCUCCACAGACGGUGAGAAGGUGAAAUAUGCCAGCCAGUCAGGAAAAUACUAAGGAAGUCACAUGUUCAAACGUACUUUGCAAUCACAUGUGAUAUUUCUAGACUAAUAAAACAAAAAUGUACCCCAAA